AUGUCUUUCUCCAACGCUUCUACCGGCGACAAGCCCGCCGACCCCUACAAGGCUGCCAACAAAGAUGAAGAUGUCUCCCUCAAGGAAAAGGUCGAGGCCCUCGUCAACUUCGCCAACAAGAGCAAGUUUGGCAUGAUGACCACUAGAGAUGCCAAGUCGGGCGCUCUCGUCUCGCGCUGCAUGGCGCUUGCUGCCACGGAAAACGGCGGCAUUGAUCUACUCUUCCACACCAAUACCGAGUCCCACAAGACAGACGAGAUUGACAGCGACCCCCAUAUCAACAUUUCCUUCUACAACAGUUCAGGUGACUGGGCCUCUGUCUCUGGUGUCUCUAGCGUCGUUACCGAUCGCUCUCUUGUCAAGAAGCACUACAGCCCUCAACUGAAGGCCUGGCUCGGCGAUCUGGGCGAUGGUACGCACGACGGUUCCGAGAACGAUCCCCGAAUCGGUGUUAUCCGUGUCAAGACCGUUAGUGUUACCUACGCUAUCAGCAACUCCAACGUGUUGGGCAGAGUCGCCCAGGUGGCUGAGGGUAUUGUGACGGGUAGCCCCGCCCAGGUGAACAAGUUGAGGGAAAUUUCCUCCCAGGAGGUUGAGCAGUACCGCUCUACCGCAUCCUCUUAA